UACUCUCACCAAUUCUUUCUUCUUCCCAAUAGACCAGUAGCUCUUCUUGUCUCUCCCAACCAAUUUCUACUACUCUCUCUCUCACAAACCAGUUUUCAUUUUCCAUAGUCUGUGCAAAUGUACAGAACGGUGUUGACACCUCCAAUUAGCUAUUCUCAGAGUCAGCGAUGGCGAGAGACUUGGGCUCGAUUGCUAGCUCCUCUAACCAUUUGGCUAUGUGUUUGUGUGAGUCUCCGAUAUGGGUACUAUGGGGAUCAUCGAAUGGUGCUUGGACCAAGCUCGUCGAGGUUGAUGCAAGCAAGCUCUGUAUUUGUGGAACAAGUUGAAGUUAGAGAUGAUGAUAAAAGAGGGGUCUUUCUUUAUGCCUUUUCGGAGAAGCCUGAAUUGAGCUACCAAACAAAUUGGAGUGUCUCUGACUAUGUGAUUGUUAGAUCCUACAGCCGCAAGGGAUUUUCCUUCUGGUUGAACAAAGGUUCGACAAUUCAUAUGAGAUGGGAAGCUCCAACUAGUACAUUAAACCAACUUGAAGUGGUUAUGACUAAAGGCGAACGGGAUCUCCAAACUUUAUUGCCAGAAGUGACAGAUUCCACUGACUUCCUUGCACUCCAUGAACCAAUUAGCGGUAAAGAAGUUAAAUACACCAUUGAGGAGGAUGACAAGUAUUACAUUGGUGUCAUAAACUCAAAUCGUAGGAGCAUAAUUAUGAGGGUGGCUAUUAAUGUUUCGGCAACAAUGUAUGAUACUACUAAAGCUAAGAGCAAGUGUUCAACAGAAACAGGUUCUUGCCGCCUCAGGCUUGAGUUCCCUAAUACUCACUAUGUCAUACUGACCACACCCAACUAUGGGAAUCUAGCAGGAUGGUACAUUGAGCUUUCGUUUAUCGCACGUGUGGUAACAUACAUUGCAAUUUUAGGAUUUAUUGUGAUUGUUGUUUUUCUGAUCCUAAAAUACCUUGGAGCCUGCGAGGGUGAGAAUACCAUAAUAGACACAGAGGUAACAGAAGUAAGGCAAGUAACUGAGACUGACCCCAUAAUGCCGGCAAAACCAAUUCCAUACACAUAUGGAACAGGUGAAGAAGAUGAUGAUUCAGGAGAUAGUAGCUCUUCAGAGGAACUAUAUGAUGCAAAAUUGUGCGUGAUUUGUUAUGACGAGCAACGCAAUUGCUUCUUUGUUCCUUGUGGCCAUUGUGCCACUUGCUAUGACUGUGCACAAAGGAUUAUGGAAGGGGAGAACAAGGUGUGUCCAAUAUGUCGACGGCUUAUUCACAAGUUGAGAAGAUUGUUUCACUCUUAAAAGCUAAAUAUUUGAGCUUGUGAAAUUGUGAUUAUGCUUGAGAGGAGAUUUUUAGUGUAGGUAGAAGGUUAUUUUUUGUGUGGAGAACGAGUGUGAAUACUUUCUUGUGCUCAAGCUCAUGGCCUAACUGCUUAAUACGCGGCAUGGAGUUGAAGUUCUUGGAUUAAGCUUCAUGGAAGUGAGUCAUUUUCAUUUAAAUUGACAUUGAACACAGAAGUAUGCAGAAUUUUUCUGGUCACACAUGAAUGGCUGUUUUAUGUGCUUUUGUUUUCCAAUUAGUCAUUGUGAAUUUUGCGUA